AAAAGAGAUUGAAUACAAAUAGUGAUUGAAUACGAAGCAGGAGUCAAAGGGCGGAGCAUCCUCUAGCUAUCAGAGACCAACAAGAUGGACUACAACAACAAACUAGUCCUCGCACCCAUGGUUCGCAUUGGGACUCUGCCAUUUAGAUUACUAGCUGCUGAUUACGGUGCCGACAUAACCUACGGCGAGGAAAUUAUCGAUCAUAAGCUCAUCAAAUGCGACCGCAGAGUGAAUGAGCAAUUAGGGUCCAUUGAUUUUGUGGAGAAGGGGACAGGAGCUCUUGUUUUCAGAACAUGCGACGAGGAACGGGAUCGAGUUGUGUUUCAAAUGGGUACUUCUGAUGCUGUACGGGCCCUCAAUGCUGCUCACAUUGUGUGUAAAGAUGUCGCUGCGGUAGAUAUAAAUAUGGGUUGCCCGAGGUCAUUUUCUGUGAGUGGAGGAAUGGGUGCUGCAUUAUUGUCAAAACCCGAUCUUAUUCAUGAUAUUAUGACUACAUUGAGGAGGAACAUGGAUAUAUCCGUGACGUGUAAGAUUCGACUACUGAAAUCAUCUCAGGAUACUGUGGAAUUGGCAAGACGAAUUGAAAAAACUGGGGUUUCCGCUCUUGCUGUUCAUGGAAGAAGAGUUGCAGAUAGGCCACGGGAUCCAGCAAAGUGGAGUGAGAUUGCUGAUAUCGUAGCAUCAUUAUCCAUUCCAGUCAUAGCAAACGGCGAUGUUUUUGAGUAUGACGAUUUUCAGCGCAUCAAAGUUGCUACAGGUGCCUCAUCAGUAAUGGCUGCAAGAGGAGCACUUUGGAAUGCUUCAAUUUUCAGUCUGAAGGGCAAACUACCAUGGGAAGACGUGAAAAGGGAAUACGUUAGGAAGAGCAUCUUAUGGGAUAAUGACAUUAAAAGCACAAAGCACACACUGAAGGAAAUGAUAAUGUAUUAUUCAUCCCUUGAACUACCGGAGGGAAAGGCUGUGAUUAAAUCAGAAUCCUUGGAAGAUCUAGCGCGGCUUUAUGGAGAGGAGAAGAACUAUGACUUUGUUAAAAAAAAAACUGAUUUGUCAAUGAAAGUAAAUUAAUAUUCACAGUCCUGAUGGCGCAGUGUUUAUCACAAACUUCAGGGAAACCAAGUUAUUGUCGUUAUGGAGGAAAAAACCUAACUUUGACGUGCAUAGGAAUUAGGAGUGGUGGAAGUAGUGAAUUUAGAAAGCUAACAAGAAUUUUCCGGCUAGAUGCCCAUAUGUGGUGGGGCUUGUAAGAUUCUGGGAAGCACAAGUUUUUCUUUAAUUUAUUUAUACCUACUGUAAAAUGUUCAAGCAGUGUUGCAGUGUUGCAAUUUGUAGGAUCAAAGCUCUUAAAAAGCAUGUGAAAAACUAAGGUGAAAUACUUUUGUACCAGUCUGGUUGAGGAUGUUGGUGGAAGAGCCUUUUGGUCUAGUGAGACGAACUGUAUCUCAUGGAGGCUUAUUUGAUUGCAGAACAAUCUACUGGAUUUUAAUCUUGUAAUAUUAUUUGUUCAUGUUAACAACCACAAAACCCUUGCUGUGUACACAAUUGUGAACAAGUUCUGAACGUUCGUAUGAAAGCACAUUGAACAAUUCAAUG